AUGACAACAGGAAAUAUGGUCAUGGCAGAUUCCCAGCCUGGAUGGGUGGGGUGCCAUCUUAAUUUAAAGAAAGGUCAGAUAUCACCUACAUCAAACCUGCAAGUGGCUAGCACAUGCAAAGGAUUACAGAUAUUGCUGUACGCACAGCGGCAAAAUUCUGCAAUCUUAUUACAGUUGAAUGAUGGAAACUUGCGAGAAAAGAGAUUGAAAACCUUCAGAGCCUUUCAAAAGUGGACUCAUAGCAUAGACAGAGAUGGUGAAAUGAAAGUGUCAAUGCUACAGUCGGUAAGACAACUUUGUUGGACUUUUGAUGGGCAUUUGGAUGUACAUGUUGAAUGCUUUAUAGAGUCACUGGUGAGAGAGCUAACUGACAUUGCUAUCCAGUCUGUUGAUGGCGCUUUCACUGAGGAUCAAAGAGAGACUUUUCAUACCGAAAACAUGGAGAUACCCUUUUUAAGGAGGAUAUCUCAACCUGCAGAGGACAAAGAAGAAGGAAGGGUAUCUGACUAUGAUUCUGAACUGUUAUCUUGAAUCUGGCCACUAGGAGAAAGUGGAUAUGAAUUUUUCCAUGUAACAACCUGUUAGGGAGAAAUUUCAAGAGUCUCUGAUCUGCGGUCAAAGCUUUAGCCUCCCACGCCGAUGUUCCUAGGGCUUCGUCAUGCGUUCCUUCACCAUGCAGGAACGCGUGAUGAAGCCCCAAGAAUGUCUGCUUGGGAGGCUGUCAAGGCUUCCCUUUAUUAAAAUCACACAUAACGACAUUGUUCUUCUUAUCGUGGUAUUUGUUGAACGAGUAAACCGUGACAAUAGUUGCCAUGGUACGAGACUCUGCAAUGACCUCGCUUAUUUCUUUUAGGUUUUUCACCGAAUUGUCAAUUAAUUCUUACUCUAACCAGGUAUUUUUUCCUUGAAAUUCUGAGAAAGCAUUCGGUGUUGGAAGAUGGAUUCACAAGCCUGCUAAGUUCACUUGCGCUUGUGACUGUCAAAGAACGCUGUAUUUGGAACAAGGUCGAGUUUAAACCAUUUAGAAGUUAUAGAAUCUGAACACAAUAUUAUGUGUUGUUGUGUUUAGUUGUUUAGCAAUUUUGCUGUGAAACUUCUAAUUCGGGAUUAAAAAGGCUAAAUUUUGCAACUUUUCUUCUUCUUCUUUUUUGUUUUCGUUUAUGUGAUUCAGUGUUAUAGCGUUUUAGUUUUUUCCCGUGUGUAUGCGUGUGUCUGUUUUAGGUUAUAUUUGUCGCUUUUUCGGCAUCGUUCUCUUUUUCUACUCAUUUCCCCUUCAGUGACCAUUAAACUAACAUUCUGUGUCAAGCGCUGAGUGUUAUUUCACCGUGAUAUUUUUGCCGCCUUUCCUAUCCUUUGAAACUUAUUUUGUCAACAUUUACUAUUUCUGUUUUGCAUGAUGUAAUGUAUGGAAAAUAAAGAUAAAGGUAUGAUUAUUUGUGGGAAUAUCUUUUUAUGAAGUAAGGAAAGAGGAGUUUUCACGCCGGGACAAGCAAGACGAGCGCCCACACCGCCCCGUCCCCUCUCCCCCGCCCCACUGCUCAGACCACUCCAGGAGCCAGUCCCGCACUCCCUGCCUGUUUAUUAUACAAAGAAAAACAUUUCGUCAAGUGCUUAUGUUAUAUAUUUUUUACAGGUUCUUCCUGUCGUUCUCGAUAAUAGUCUUUCCUUGUGGACUUCUUUCCUUUCAUUAGUAUCUUUCAGGUGGGACAAUGAUAAGGUUUGUCUGCUUGACAGGGCAGGCAGUAGCCUGUGUACAGAUGUCCCCCCACCCUCUGAAAAAAAAUCGGGAAAAGAUUCCGGGAGGCCGUCGGGUAGCGAGUUUACAAUUUUGCGGAAUUUCGUAUCGCACGUGACUCCCACGCAGAUAGCCAAGAGAAGUGUGACCUUAAUCUAAUUUCCAAAUGUUCCGUGUUGUUCAAUUAUCUUCGGUCCUCCUCGGCUCUAAAUUGAUUACCAUAUUGCUGGAAUUGGUUUCCUGUUCAUAGUCUCUUUUAAUAAAAAUGAAGCCUGGGGGCACCCAGAUUGGUCGGCCUUCAGGAGCUUAUUGUAAUUUCCACUCAAGCACGCACUUACCUUAUAUACGGGUGACCACGUGGUGACACCCGGACAUACGGCGAACACGUAGAGUACGUGUACUAACCCCAGGAUCAUGGAUAUGUCGGCGCCCAUUUUGAUAGACACCCGUGAGAAGCUUAGCCUGCGAAAACAUCCGUUUCUCCUCGCGAAACGUCCCCAGCGGCGAAGAGCGAGGAGAAAGGGAUGUUUUCGCAGGCUAUGAGAAGCUUCGCACAGACACAAAAUGCGGCCAACCGUGAGCUGCCUGGGGAACCUGGGGUGAAGAUCGAAGAGAGUGCAGUAAUUUCCAGGCUCCUGGACAAAUCGCGUCCAACAUGGCGGAAGGAACAUCGACGAAGUUGGAAAGUGUCGCAGAUGUCGAAAUCGAUGCCACCGGGCGCUUCAAGUACAUUCUUAUUAAAGUAAUAGACGACUCAGGAGGCGGUGUUUAUAAAUAUGUAGUAAGAGGAUUUGACUGGGCAGAUUAUCACGGUAAGUUUUGUAACAGCAGUGCCACUGUAGGGUUUUUUGGUGGCUUUGAGGCUGUGUAUGGAGUCCUUGAGUGUAACGUUUCAGAUAUAUAAAGUUAUGAGUUUCACACUUCGGUUUUUGAAAGGCUACUACUGCCUCCAAUGGAGGUUAUUUAGCACAGCCCUUUUGUAGAAAUGCCAGCCUCUUCAGAUCUGAAAUCUUGAGAUUUUGUCGGGAUGUACAAAGUGCGAGCUAUUUGUUUGUUUGUUCGUUAGUUCAUGACACUCGCAUAAGGACAAGUAGAAUUUUUUGAUAGGCAAGUAUUUUUAUGCUGACCAAUAUACAGGUGGUGGAAAAAACACUGACCCCCAGUCCAUUGACGACCCAUAUGGAUUCCCCUAAAAUGGACUAUGCUGCUAAAGUUUAGUGAUUAGGGUUAGGAAACUGAAUGAAUCAGGUUCCAUUUCAGGUCAUUAUACUGGGAAAACUGACCUGAAACUUGAUUCACUCAGUUUCCUAACCCUAGUCACCAAACUAGAGCAUUUUAGGGUAGCCCACGCGGGUAGUCCAUGGACUGAGGGUCAGUGUUUUGUCGGUGACCGGUCAUUUCACCUACGAGUUGUUUCGCCAACAGCCUGUUUGCUAAUGUCACAAGUCGUCCACUUAAAAUCAAAACAAGUACAGUCGACUCUCUCUUAACGGACACCUCUAUAAGACGGACACCUCUGUAAAACGGACACUUAGAGUUGGUCCCUGCCUUUUCUUAUUCCUUUUAUUUGACUCUUUAUAAGACAGACAUCUCUCUAAGACGGACACUUAGUGCCGGUCCCAAAGGUGUCCGUCUUGGAGAGAGUUGACUGUACUACACAUGUACAUACCUCAUUCUUUCAGCCACAUCAGGAAAAAGUCCGAUACACAUUAUAUAUUUCAUUCUUUAAGCCACUGAUCAGGCAAAAGCUUAAACACAACUUAAAACAUUGGUGAACAGGAUGUUGGUGAAACUACUCGUGGGCGAAAUGACAAUAAACAGUUUUGUUCACCACCCAAUUAUAUGCCUUAUGGACAGGGGUCCAGGCAAGUCAUCUUAAAACUAAAUCAAGAAAGCAAUACCCUGGGCAAGCAAAACACUCGAGCUGCUUCUCUAAAGGGCAAACAGGAAUUCAAGGUUUGUAAUGACCCUAAGUAAGGGACUACUAGCAGUAUAAAAAAUUGAUGGCUACUUUUUGUGAGCUUUCACUGCUCAAAUGAAUGUUGCAACUACAGGAAUAAAGUGAAAAGUUUCUAGUCAGAGCUCUCCUUAUGGACUCUCUCAUAAGUACACAGCUCUACUUACAGCCAUUGUUAUAAAUUAAUAUUGUAUUUUAUAUUGUUCUUUUCUACAUUCCCAUAGUAAAGUGACUCAAUCACUUUCUGGGAAAUCAAUUUUGAUUUUCCCUUAUUUACAACCUUCUAUUUUGUUUUUUUUCUUCACAAAAUCUUGAUACUUGCUUCUUUCCAAUAAUUGUUUGGGCGUGUACAAGAGGUUUGAUGAUGAAUUUAUUUCUUUGCAAUUGACAGCUGAUAUAUAUGAUAGAGUAGAGAAAGAUAUUAAAAGAAUGGGAUUGAAGUCAGAGUGUGUUGGAGGAGGCUGGAUACAGCAUGACAAAUCUGAAAAGAAAAUUCUGGUUUAUGGUUAUUCCAUGGUAAGCUAGAUAUUUAAAAAACAGAAACAACAAUACAACAAAAUAUCCAUUUGAAAAAUGUUUUACAGACAAAUAUUUCAUUCUACAUUAGCAAAGUUUAUUCAGGCUGGGAGUUGAGGUGGCUUUACAAAACAGUGAAAUAUUAUUAAAAAAAAUUAUAAAAGUGCUCUGUCGAAAAAGGGCAUAGGCCACGAUUUUGCUGUAAAAUAUAUUGAAAUUUCUCUAAGUACAUUAAGAUAACCACAAAUAUUUAACCUCUACAAGAAAAACAGACUUUCUGUUUAGCUAGAACAAUGCUUCUGAUCUAAAAGGCUAAAUUGCACUAAAAUUCUUAUAAAUACACAAAAACUUGAUUGCUAAAACUUGCAGAAUAAUAUAGAAAAAUAAUAUUCAAAAUACACUUGGCUGACCUUUCCAUCAAUAGGGAAAAUUUGCAUGAGUGGAGUGGGAAAACGGUAAACUUUUUGGGCUGCUGACUUGUGCAUGUGUAGUAGCAGAUGUCUAAAACUGGUCUUUCGGUUUAACAAUGAUUACUUUGACAUGCGUGCUGUAUCAAAAUUUUAACCAAAGGAACAAACUGUACUCAGAAGUAAUACACAUCUGCCUUUGAUCUACUUGAAGGUAAAGAUUGUUGAGAGCCAGCUAAAACCCAGUUCCCGUACAUAGCUUGUGAAUCUUACAAGCCCUAUCAUAGCUGAUCAGCUUCCAUUCAUUUUGUUUUAAGGGAUUUGGUAGAGCAGAUCAUGCCAUUACAGUGGAUAAACUCAAGAAGGCCUAUCCAGACUAUACAAGUAUAACAUUCUCCAAUGAAGGCUACUAGUCACAAAUGAUAAAAUUAAUUGAACAACAAUAGAUUUUAUCUAUUAGACAUGUGUAUAGCCACUGUCAGUCCUUCUGUGAAGUAAGCCUUAGCACAGCGGGCUUAAGGCAAAAAAAGAUAACAAAGUGAUAAAGAUAACUUCUAGCAGUGAUAGUUACCUUAAAACUUGUAACAACUGUUCUUUCUUGAAAGACAAAGUUACUCUGGAAAGUACAUUUUAUUUUUCUUUGACCGCAGACAAAAAAAUGACAAUGUGUUUAGCUGCUAACCCUUCUUUGAGCCUUCAAAGGCUAUAUAUGUAUCCUACUUUUGAUGAAACCAUUAUGCCAUUCCAUUCAUUCAUUUCAGGGAUGAACCUCACUACUGGUUGGAAGUUUUGGCAUUAUUUCCCCCAUUUUGCCUUCGGCCUGGAUGAUUUGAAGGGAAAAUAAAGUGGCAGUAAUGCUAAACUUUUCGGCCUUUUCCUGUUGAUGGAGGCUAACCUUAAGCUUCUUUAGUGCUUUAAGCAACCUCAUGAUUGCUUCCAUUUGCCAGAACUCGAUAAUAUAUAGAUUUAGCCAAGGUUAAAAGCGAAGCUCCCUUGGAUUUUUUUAAGAAAUGUCUUUCUGGAGUUACUCAGUUUUAGCUAUAAACAGGAAAUAUACUCAAUUACUCCUCGAAAAAAAAUACCGGAGCCUGCGAUCAGUAAACCAAUAAUUGGUCGGCGGAGAACUUUAAAAAAGAAAAGUCACCUCAAUAAAUUGUUCACCUGAGCCCGCGAUACAGUUAUGUGAUUCUGGUCAGUGGAUGCCCUGUUUUGACAGCUGUAAUUGGACCAUAACAUGGAUGUCCACUCAUAGAGUAAGAACUUUUAACAACACAAGGAAAUUCUAAGGCGUUGAUGUUUGUGAGGUGAGAAAAAGUAUUCCAACGUUCAACCCGAUUUCAAAGCAUAAUUAACAAUUAUUUAGC